AUGUCGAAUAUUAACCAUAAGACUGAACUAAACACUCUCGUUAAUGAACUAAUGACUGAUAUUGACUCGAAGCCACUCCACCCAAGAAAUAAACUUCUCGUGUACAGUCGUUAUGUCUUAUCCAAAUUAUCCUGGAACUUUUCAGAACAUGGGUUAUUGAAAAUAUUGAUCCCGUACUCAACCAAUACAUCCGUAAAUGGCUUGAAAUUCCAAUCUCAGGAACACUAAGUACUGUUUUUCUAACUUGUAACAAAUUUGGUCAAAGUAUUUAUCCUCCAUUGGUGAAAUUUAUCCAAUGCCAAACAGUUCUUCGAAAAGCUUUAAAACUUUCUCCUAAUCAAUCAAUUAACGAACUGUGGAAAUACUCAUACUAAUAUCCAAUACGACUUUUAUAACUCAACCAAAGAAGUGCUUAAAAAUUUUCGCUCUGAACAUGAAGAUAAACUCAAAAACCAAUUACCUUGUCAGGGAUUCUUUUUCUCUAAUGUAACAAAGUUCUCCUUGUCGCAUCUUAACAAUGUGUGGUCUACUGCUCAAUCAAAACCUCCGAAAAACAUUUAUAACUUUACUAUACGCUAUAUCAAUAACUAUCUUCCGACACGUAAGAAUCUUAGCAGAUGGGGAUUGUCUUCAAGUUCAGAAUGCUCCUUUUGUCUUGGCCCAGAAUCAUUAUUGCACGUGGUCGCUGGAUGUCAGUGUUAUCUCGAUCGCUUUAAGUGGAGGCACAAUUCAAUCCUGAACUUUCUCGCCAAUACCUUGCAAACUGUGAACGGUUCUGCCCUCUACGCUGAUGUGCCCGGAUUCAAAAGUCCGUCAAUAAUAAGUGGUGAUACGUAUCGCCCGGAUUUGUUGCUAUCAUUAUCAAAUGGCUCUCUCUAUGUGGUCGAGCUCACUGUUGGCUAUGAGACAAACCUCGAGAACAAUGUUAAACGGAAAAAAGCCAAAUAUAGAGAACUAGUAAGACAGCUAGAUGAAAAUUUUGACGAAGUAAACUUUGUUAAUCUUUCCAUGAGCUCCCGAGGUAUUUUUGCGCAAGAAUGCUCUACAUUCUUAGAAAUGUUACGAAAUGUUGGUCUCGACAAAAACUACCAAACGUACUGUGUUAGGAAAACGAUGACUAUUGCCAUUCGAAGUACUUAUUACAUUUUCUGCUGUCGAAAUAAGGUAUGGGAAAGUCCGGACUUGUUAACUAUUUGAAAUAUUUUAUUGUCUCGGUAUAUUUAUAUAUUUUCAUGUAUUCAGUUUUGUCAUUAUUAUUAGUUCAUAGUUGUGAUUCAAAUAGCCAACUGUAAGUUACCUUAAUUAGUGAGAUUUACAAUUGUAUAUAGAUAGUAUAUAACAAAAUUAUUAAAUAAAGUUUCCAUUAUUAUUAUUAUUAUUAUUAUUAUUAUUAUUAUUAUUAUUAUUAUUAUUACUAUUAUUAUUAUUACUAUUAUUAUUAUUACUAUUACUAUUAUUAUUAUUACUAUUAUUAUUAUUAUUAUUAUUAUUAUUAUUAUUAUUAUUAUUAUUAUUAUUAUUAUUAUUAUUAUUAUUAUUAUUAUUAUUAUUAUUAUUAUCAUGAUUCGGUGCUUAACUUCAUAGCAUCCAUACUUAAAUCUGUGAACCAUUGUAACCUUUAUGCUGACCUUCCUGGCUAUAUCAGUCCAUCUGCUAUAUCACCGGAGAUGAAUGGCGCCCUGAUCUUUUGAUAACACUUGAAAACAAAUGUAUUUAUAUACUUGAACUUACCGUCGAAUUUGAAUCUAAUCUCCUCACUAAUGCAACUCGAAAAAGACAAAAAUAUCAAGAUCUAAUUAACGAACAGCUCAAAAAUUAUGAAAAAGUGAAAUUUGUUAAUUUAUCGAUUAGCUCAUUAGGAGUUUUCAGCCACCCGUCGCUAGAUUUCACCGAAAUGCUGAAAGAUCUAAAGUUUGAUGAACAAUGUAGAAAGUACUAUGUUCGGAAAAUUAUUAACAUAUGUAUCAGGUCCUCGUAUUAUAUAUUCUGUAAGCGUAACAAAGAAUGGGAUAACCCACAACUAAUGUCAUACUAAUAUUGUUAUUAUGUAGAGUGUUAAUUCAAGUAGACACCGGUAAACUACCUGUAAAGAGAGGUUUAUCAUUGUAGUGUGUAUAUAUAUUAUUGAAAGUAAUAUUAUAUUAUUAUUAUUAUUAUUAUUAUUAUUAUUAUUAUUAUUAUUAUUAUUAUUAUUAUUAUUAUUAUUAUUAUUAUUAUUAUUAUUAUUAUUAUUAUUAUUAUUAUUAUUAUUAUUAUUAUUACCUGUGGAAAGCAACCAGUAACCAUACUAAUAUCCAAUAUGACGCUUAUAGCUCUGCUAAGGAAGUUCUCAAAGAUUUUCGUUCUGGACACGAAAACAAACUCCUGAACCAAUUAACCAGUCAAGGAUCCUUUUUCUGCAGCGUCACGAAGUUCGCUUUACCCCAGCUUAACAAGGUGUGGUCCAUCGCCCAAUCAAAGCUCCCGAAAAACAUUUACAACUUUACCAUUCGUUACAUUAACAACUCUCUUCCGACGCGCAAAAACGUAAACAGAUGGGCAAUAUCUUCAAAUGCAGACUGUUCUUUUUGUCUUAGCCCUGAAACAUUACUACACAUGGUAGCUGGAUGUAAGUUUUAUCUCGACCGAUUUACGUGGAGACACAAUUCAGUCCUGAACUUUCUUGCUCAUCAGUUACAAACUGUUGACGGUUCUACUCUCUACGCUGAUCUACAUGGAUUCAAAAUUCCUUCAAUACUUACUGGUGAUACAUAUCGCCCAGAUUUGUUAUUAUCGUGCUCAAAUGGUUCCUUAUAUGUGGUCGAACUCACCACUGGUUAUGAGACAAACCUCAAGAACAACGUAAAACGGAAGAAGGAUACAUAUAGAGAAUUAUUGAGACAGCUAGGUAAAAAUUUUAACCAAGUUAAAUUUAUAAAUCUCUCUAUCAGCUCUUUAGGUAUUUUUGCAGAAAAAUGUUCUACAUUUUUAGACAUGUUAGAAAGUAUUGGUCUUGACAAAAACCACCAAAUGUACUGCGUUAGGAAAAUGAUGACUAUUGCUAUUAGAGCUACAUAUUACAUUUUUUGCUGCCGAAAUAAGGAAUGGGAAAAUCCGGAUUUACUAACAAUUUGACUUAUCUGAUUGUAUAUACAUAUAUUGCAUGCACUUUGUUCUGUUAUUUUAGUUUAGUAUAGUUGUGAUUCAUAUAGCCAACC